UGACUGCGUUUAAGAGAUGGCGGAAAUUAUUUUGUCGAUAUUUUACGCUACUUUAUGUUUACCCUUUUGUAUUCCAUUCCGUCAAGCCAACCCACCAACGACACGAUCUCCCUUUCUCUUUCUCCUCUUAUCCAAUAUUCUCAAUCUCCGCCCAUUGCCGGAGAAUCCAUCUUUCUCCCAUCACCACCCUUCCAACAUGUCAACGUCACUCUCACUCUCACUCCUUUUACUCUCAUUCUCGCUCAUUUCUCUCUCCUUUUCCGUCGCGUCCGCCGCCGUCAACUCCUCCAUUGCCGACUUACUCUCUCGCCGUCAAUUGCGCAGCGGAAAUCUUUGCGAUCAACUUAUCAUUCCAAACGGAUACCCUUGCUCCGAACACUCUGUUGAAACAAAGGAUGGAUUUGUACUUGCUCUUCAGCGUGUUUCAUCUUCUCAUGUAAUAAGAUUGCGUCGAGGUCCUCCAGUGCUUCUUGUUCAUGGACUUUUUAUGGCUGGUGAUGCUUGGUUUUUGAACUCAAGGGAAGAAUCUUUGGGCUUCAUUCUAGCAGAUCAUGGUUUUGACGUUUGGGUUGGUAAUGUACGAGGGACACGAUGGAGUCAUGGGCAUGUAUCUCUUUCUGAGAGAGCUAAGGCUUUUUGGGAUUGGAGCUGGGAGGAUUUGGCUUUAUAUGAUCUUGCAGCAAUGCUUGAACUUAUUUAUCAGGAGACUGACUCAAAGGUUUUCCUUGUUGGGCAUUCACAGGGUACAAUUAUGUCUUUGGCUGCAUUGACUCAGCCAGACAUAUUGAAGAGGGUGGAAGCUGCUGCUCUUCUUUGUCCAAUUUCAUAUUUGGAACAUGUUAAUGCACCAUUUGUUCUUCGAAUGGCUAAUAUGUACCUUGACAAGAUGAUUCUUGCAAUGGGCUUUCAUCAGCUUAACUUUCACAGUGAUAUAGGGAUUCAGCUUCUGGAUUCUGUGUGCGAUGGACAUAUAGACUGUGGUGAUUUGUUGGCUUCCAUAACUGGGGGGAAUUGCUGUUUAAACAUAUCAAGAGUGGAUUUUUACUUUGAAUAUGAGCCUCAUCCUUCAUCAACUAAGAAUUUAGAGCACCUUUUCCAAAUGAUUCGUCAGGGGACGUUUGCCAAGUAUGACUACGGGCUGCUCAAAAACAAGAGAAUUUAUGGCUCUUAUAAACCCCCAAUAUUUGAUCUUAGUCUAAUACCUGAGUCGUUGCCUCUUUGGAUGGCUUAUGGGGGUAGCGAUGCUUUAGCAGAUGCGAUUGAUGUGCAACGCACUAUAAAGGAGUUGCCAUGCAAGAAAGAGGUUCUUUAUCUUGAUGCUUAUGGCCAUGUUGAUUUCCUCAUUGGUGUGAAUGCAAAGGAAGAUGUAUAUGGACACAUGAUUGAGUUUUUGAACACAUGGGGGAUAUCGAGCAGCAUCUAAGGGGUCUGCUGCAUUGUGUAUAUAAUGUAAACAUUAUUCGUCUAUUCAGAGCAGAUGAAAUAUUAGAACAGCAGGAUUAUACAUGUGACUAUUUUCUGGCACACAAUAUUGGACUAAUCAGAUUCCUAUCGAAUGCUUGGGAUGGUUUCGCUUUCUAUCCCCUGAGCUGUGGCAUUUCUUAUGUGAAUAUUUUUCUACACUGUAAUACAGCAUGCAUAGAAGUUAUUUGAUCUAUAUUAUCUACAAAGGUGGGGAGGAUGAGCAUAUAAUUUUUUGCAUAUCUGUCUUUCUGGGUCUGUGGCUAAUUUUCCCUUGCACUUACUGCAGAGUCUUCACAUGGAUAUCUAUUGUAUUGUACUAUAUUAUAUGUAAGAAUUGAUUCUGUAUGCACUAGUCUGUAGUGUAAUCUGUUGAAGUGUUAUAAUUACUGAUGUCUGCUGCUGCUCAGCAUCAUCUUAAUGUUAACGUAAUUUGGUCCUCUAAGAUGUAUUCUCUUCAGUUUAUAACUCCUUCUGCCCCUUCUUAUA